UAGUCUGAAGCUAGGGAAGAAUGAGUGGUGAAGAACUGAUCACUUUGAACGUAGGAGGGAAGAUAUUUACAACAAGGUUUUCUACCCUGAAGCAGUUUCCUGCUUCUCGGUUGGCACGAAUGUUAGAUGGCAGAGACCAAGAAUUCAAGAUGGUUGGUGGCCAUAUUUUUGUGGACAGAGAUGGUGUUUUAUUUAGUUUCAUCUUAGAUUUUUUGAGGACUCACCAGCUUUUAUUACCCACUAACUUUUCAGACUAUCUUAGGCUUCAGAGAGAGGCUCUUUUUUAUGAACUUGAUUCUCUGGUUGAUCUCUUAAACCAACACCUGCUACAGCCAAAACCUGCUCUUGUGGAGGUACAUUUCCUAAGCCGGAACACUCAAGCUUUUUUCAGGGUGUUUGGCUCUUGCAGCAAAACAAUUGAGAUGCUAACUGGGAGGAUUACAGUGUUUAUAGAGCAACCUUCAGCACCAACCUGGAGUAGUAACUCUUUCCCUCCUCAGAUGACUUUACUUCCACUGCCUCCACAAAGACCUUCUUACCAUGACCUGGUUUUCCAGUGCGGCGCUGACAGUACUACUGAUAACCAAACUGCAGUCAGGUAUGUUUCUAUAAAACCUGAUAACCGAAAAUUGGCUAACGGAACAAAUGUCCUCAGCUUACUGAUUGACACUUUAUUAAAAGAAGGCUUUCAUCUGGUCAGUACCAGAACAGUACCCUCUGAAGACAAAACUGAAUGCUAUAGCUUUGAAAGGAUGAAAAGCCCUGAAGCACUCACCAUGAACAAAACACUGCAACCAGAGACUACCAUCAUGCCAGAGCAAUCUCAGAAAAUGAAAUGAAGUUGUCUGUUCCCUUUCAGGGAAAUUGCCAUUUUCUUGUUUGGAAAUUCUAUACUUAGGGCAU